UCAAGCACAUCAGGUUUCAGACUGUCUGGACUGGCGCAACUGGGUUAUGACACAGAGCCUUUCCUCCGAUAAACCAGUUGAUUCAUGACAUCAUACGGACGGCCCACUCCUCCACAGAGUGUUUUUUUCAGGUAAAAGUGUUGUGUAUUUUCUUUCUCUGUAAGUUGGCCUUUUUCUCUCAGAGGGUGUGUGUGUUUGGGCCAUCACAUGAAGACCUGAACUAAUGGCUAAGAGCUAAAGAAAACCGGGGACAAGCUGCGGUCCGCCUUUAAAUACAGGGAGCUCAGCCCCUGAACACCACAACUCACAUACUCUCAGUCAACAUGACGAAUAUCUUGCUUGUCGGACAAGUCAUCAGCAUCAUACCGCUCUGUGCCGUCCUGAUCUUCAUCGUUGCCAAGCUGGUGUCCACUUACAGAGGAGGUCCUCUGGAGGAUGGGUCUGGUUAUGCGGUGUUGAUCACCGGCUGUGACAGCGGCUUUGGUCACCAGCUUGCUCGGAGUCUGGACAAACGGGGCUUUGUGGUCUUUGCUGGCUGUUUGGCACCAGAGGAUCUUGGAGCCCAGGCUCUUGACAGGCAGACCUCCAGCAAUGUGAAAAUCCUCAAACUGGAUGUGACGAAAGAUGAGGACAUAGAGGAAGCCAAAGGGUUCGUCAUGGACAACCUGCCGACCAAAGGCUUGUGGGCGAUCGUGAACAACGCAGGGAUCUCCGACUGGGCGGAGAUAGAGUGGAGCACCAUUCAGGACUUCCACAGGAUGGCCAACGUCAACUUGUUUGGCAGCAUCAGAACCACGCUGGCCUUCCUGCCGCUGGUGCGAGCCGCUAAAGGACGGGUGCUUUUCGUGUCCAGCAUCUUUGCUUUCUUCAACUGCCUGAACAUGGGCGCUUACAGCGUGUCCAAGAGAGGACUGGAGGCUUUUGCGGACUGCUUGAGAGUGGAGAUGGCCAGCUUUGCUGUCAAGGUCAGUAUCAUCCAGCCCGGUAAUUUUGGUCAGGCCACCAACAUUAUCAAACUGAAGACGGCUACAAACAUCUGGGAAAAUUUAGAUGACGAACGGAAGAGAAUCUUCAACCAGCAGUACAUCAAGCUGGCCAAUGAAUACUUCCUUUCCAACUGCAGGCUGGGCUUCAAGGACCCCGACCUGGUCAUCGACGCCAUGCUCCACGCCAUCACUGAUGCUCAGCCCAAAUACAGAUACCUGCUGGUGUCGACCAUCGACCGCGUUUUCUUCCAGCUCUUUCCUUACCUGCCGACUUUCUUGACCGACGCUGUGUUUUCGCUCAGCCCCAUGUACAGUAAAAGAAAAGAAAUGCUGUAUGUCAGUUAAACUUGUUUUCCUGCUGUUUGUAUGCGCAACUUUGCAACUUUUACAAUAAAAUUCAACGUUUA